AUAGAGUUUAAAUGAACGUUGAUUAAUUCGUUCACAUUAAAUGGGCAUAAGUGUGGUGAUUUUCUGUUAGAAAUUGUGGUAAUUUUGGGUUUCUGUGUCAGAGAAUUUUUUCUCUGAAAAUUCGAUUACAUAAUUUCAAGAAUGGUCUUUAACAAAGCUGUGUGAUAUAACUAUCGUAAAUUGUACGCCAGUUGAUUAACGAUUAAGUGCCAAGGUGGUAUCAUGUGAAAAACAAGGAAAUCAACUGUUCAACUGAUACAAUAUUCAUUGAUAGAACACUCAAAUGCAUUGAAUGUACGACAAUGACAUUGAGAUUGAAAAGGCCUAAAAGAGAGUUGUAUUGCAUGUGACGUUCAAGAACUGGUUUCAGAUCCACGUGGUGGUUUCAUUGAUUUCCUAUUGGGGAAUGUUUCCCUUUCGAAAAAUCUCACCUUUGAACCACUUACAGCCACAUAAAUUCCAAUUCACAAAAUGGGUGUACCAGCUGGAGAUGUAGAAAAAGGAAAGAAGGCUUUCGUCCAACGAUGCGCCCAAUGCCAUACCGUCGAAGCCGGUGGCAAGCACAAGGUUGGUCCAAAUCUUCACGGUUUGUUCGGACGUAAGACCGGUCAGGCUCCUGGAUACUCGUACACCGAUGCCAACAAAGCGAAAGGAAUUACAUGGAACGAAGAUACACUUUUCGAAUACCUCGAAAACCCGAAGAAAUAUAUCCCUGGCACCAAGAUGGUCUUCGCUGGUCUGAAGAAACCAGGAGAGCGUGCCGAUCUCAUCGCUUACCUUAAAUCAGCCACUAAGUAAAUCUUAACAAUUAAACCAAUCGACUAGGUAACAAUUUAACGAUGAACGUUGUGCGAUAUUCCCUACAAUAGAACAAUUCCCUUAAAUCCGUUGAAAAAAAAAAGUUC